GACGAUGAGAUAUAGAGCAGUGCACCGUGGCGUACCGUAGCAUCACGCCGACUCAACUUUCCCGCCAUUCUCAAAUCUCUGCGUUUCUGCACAUUCUGAGACAACGACGAAGAAGAGGAGGAAGCCGCAUCAGAAGCAAUGGGUGUGGAAAAUCUAGCAGAGUUAGCCAAACUUAUCAUCAGAAGCAGAAUCGCCGAUCCUUCUUUUGUCUUCUCCUUUUUUUCCCAAUUACCCGACUCCAACUACAGUAAGUUGAAGUAUAUAAUAUCAAGUUCAGUAACUGAGGCAUGUAACAAUUCAGUUCUACUUUUGGGUCCUCGAGGCUGUGGAAAAACAGCGGUGUUGGAGCUAGUUCUUGAAGACCUACUUAAAGAGCAUCCAGACAUGAUUUCUGUGGUUAAGCUCAAUGGGCUACUGCACAGCGACAACAAUUGCGCAUUGAAGGAGAUAGCUAGGCAAGUGUGUCUGGAGCAUCAGUUGCAGUUCUCUAAAAUGGCCUCAUUUGAUGAAAACACUCAAUUCUUGCUGUCCAUAUUGCGGGAAUGUGGGUUAGCACAUAAAACAAUUGUUUUUGUUCUAGAAGAGUUUGACCUUUUUACAGAGGGAAAACAACGACUACUUUAUAGUUUACUUGAUGCACUGCAAUCUGUCUCAUCACAAGCUGUUGUAGUAGGAGUGAGUUGCCGACUGGAUGCUGACCAGUUGUUGGAGAAAAGAGUUAGAUCUCGUUUUUCACAUAGGAAGCUGUUGUUUCUUCCCUCCUCCUCUGAAGAUUUUCAAAGACUUGUAGAGCACAUUCUACUAUUACCAAUGGAUUCAAGGCUUCCAAACGAUUUCAGAGCUGCUUUUAAUGAAAAACUACUUAACAUUUUGGCAGAUGAAGAGUUCAAAGGGGUCAUUGAUCAAUUAUGUUAUUCUGAUUCAACUGUCAGCCAGCUAUUGAGAUUUUUGUUCUGUGCUGUUUGUCAUAUGGACUUGAGUUCUGGCUCCCUGUCGAUUGAAAAUUUUAAAUCAGCACUUCCAAGCAUACAAAGACAACCAAAGCUGGAGGCUCUAAAAGAUUGCUCUGUUUUAGAACUUUAUCUUCUAGUUUGCAUGAAGAGGUUGGAAGUCAAAGAGCUGGAAUCAUGCAACUUCAAUUCUAUAAUGAAAGAGUACAAAAGCAUACACGACAGCUUCAAAACAUCGGACUAUUAUGCAAGGAAUGUCUGCUUACGGGCAUUUGAGCAUCUUCUGCAGCGUGGACUGAUCUCGUUCCAGGAUAACAGAGGGCAGGGCCAAUCUGCUGAGUUCCGUCCAGUGAAGCUUUUGAUAUCGUGGCAUGAACUACAGCAGGGGUUGAAAUCCCAUCGCUCUUGCCCGGCAAUCUUAAAUAAACUGAUGGAUCGUGAAGGCUAAGCAGUUCAACGAGGACAAUUUUCUAUGAAAUCUUAGACUUUUAGUCAUGCUUCUUUUUUUUUUCUUUUUUUCUUUUUUUAAUGGGGCUUUCCAUUUUCUUUUUCUUCCCUUUUUUCAUCGUGAAUCCUUUUGUAAUUUGUCCUUGAAAAAUUUAUAUAAAAAUUUGUAUUAAACCACUUGAAGAGUUAAGAUCCGUCAGAUAAAUUUUAAUACACUGAUUCGGCACCAAAAAAGUGGUGAUAAUUCUGUGAUUAUAUCGAUAAAAAGAAAUAUAGUAGUAUUAUUUUUAAUGUAGAAAAGCAUUACUUUUGAUAUUGAUUAAUUAUUUUAAAAUACAUUAAUUUGGACCAUUUUUAAUUCGCAAACCUACUUUAAAAUUUGUCUUCAAAUACAAACUCCAAAACGAUAAAUUUUGCAUAUGUUGAAAAUUGAAAAUUUGAAAUAGAUUUUACAAUUUAUGUGCAAAAUCGAAAACGUUCCAAAGUAUAAACAACUACUGUCAAAUCUAUUUGGCUCACUCUUAUUUAAUUUUUAAAUAGAAAAAGGUAAAAAAUAGUGAAAAAGGAAAACAAAAUGAAGAAGAAAAAAGAAGCACCAAAAGUUUCGAUGUUCUGUUUCUUCCCUUCAUUCUUUCGCCGCCACGGUAAUGGGCCAAGCCACCCUAAACCUCCCGCCUCCAUUUUUAAACCUCUCUUCAGCAACCCUUUCCCUCCUAUAAAUCCACUUUUUUCCAUCUUUUUUUCCACUCACCAUUUUUUUACUUUGUUUGAUGAUAAACUGCAGAGCAUCAUAGGAUGACCCUUUGGUCGCCAGCUUCAAAAUCGUUAGCUCCCAGAAAAAUUCUCGAUUCCUUAUGCUGUCUGUCUUCUUUCAAUUACGACUUCGGUUUCAAGGUACGGUUUCACUUCGUUUCACAGUUUCAUCGCAAUUCGGAUUUGGGAAAAGAUAGCUUUAAUGGUGAAGUGGGAAAAGAGAGUUUUAAUGGUGAAGUGAGAGGGAGCUCUGGCGGCAACGUCAACGUUAAAUCGUCACGAGGGCUCUAUCAAAAUCUGAUUUUGAAAACUAUGAGAGAGAAUCCGAAGGCGUUCAGAGAUGACGACUGGGUUGUUCCUGAUUACUGCAGUGCUUUGGUAGUCGAUUCCGAUUUGCUAUUGAGUGUGAUUAAUUCGAUUCGCCGCCGGCCGACGACGGUUUUGAAGAUAUUCCGGUGGGCCGAGCGGCGGAAGGGGUUUAAGCAUUCUGAAUUUGUGUUUUGCAGUGUUCUUGAGGUUUUGCUGGAGAAUGAUUUGAUGAGCCCUGCGUAUUGGGUGGUUGAGAGAGUUAUUGAUGCCAACAUGGAGGGUGCUGUUGUUGAUGCUUUGAUUGAUGGUUACUCGAAUCACGCAGUUUCUGUUAGGGUUCUUGAUUUCAUAUUGUGGGUUCUCACUAAGAAAUCAGAUGUUGAGAGGUGUUUGUGGUUGUUUGAAAAGAUGGUGAAGAAUGGGUUUUCACCAGAUGUCAAGAACUGCAAUAGGAUUCUUAGGGUUUUAAGAGAUAGAGGUUUAGAUGACGCGAGGAUGUGCAGCAGGCGCUCAGCCUUUUGCAGGAGAUGCAGAGCGUGGGGUGUAGCCCGAGUGAUGCUACCUACAAUGUGUUGGUUGCCGGGUUGUCAAAGAAAGGCGAGGUGGAGAAGGCGAAGGAGUUAGCUUCUGAGAUGGUGAGUAGAGGGCUGAAGCUUUCUGUCUACUCGUACAACUCUUUGAUAAGUGGGUAUAGUCACAAGGGGAUGAUAGGUGAGGCUGUAGGCCUCGAGGAAGAGAUGAAGACGCGAGGGGCGUUGCCUAAUGUGUCUACGUAUAAUGCUCUGAUGUACGGCUACUGCAAGCAAGGGAGAAUUGGCUGUGCCCUGCAGUGGAUUGCCGUCAUGCUUAAGAAGAGUAUCAAGUUGGAUGUGAUAUCAUACAAUACUUUGAUGUAUGGCUAUUGUCUAGUAGGGGAUGUGAGUGAGGCUCUCUUGUUGUUAUCUGAGGUUAGGGAAAGGGGUCUCAACGCGACUGCAGUCACAUUUAAUAUAGUGAUAGAUGGCCUUUCUAAGCUUGGGGAUUUGGAGGGUGCUAGGAAGAUGAAAGAUGAAAUGAUGAGGCAUGGAGUAUCUCCUGAUAUCUUCACGUACACGAUUCUUGUAAACGGUUGUAACAAGAUUGGGAAUGUAGCAAUGGCAAAGAAGUUUUAUGAUGAGAUGGUGCAGGAAGGUUUGCAGCCUGAUCAUGUUGCAUAUGCUACGUUCAUGGCAGGCGAGGUGAAGCUCGGGCAGGUGGAUGUUGUGGUGAGACUGCAGGAGGAGAUGCUAGCGAAAGGGCCCUGGGCAUGAUUUAGCUUGAGAUGAGCUUUGUCCAAGUUGGAUGGUGUAGAAGAAGAUUGUGAAAUGUUGCAGAAGAGUAUCUGUUAGUCGAGCCUGAUCAUGAUACGUGCAGAUGCAUCGUUCGUGCAUGCUCCGUUGGAAGAGGGGGUAACUUAGGGAAGCCCAAAACUUGUUUCAUGAAUUGCUUGUCACCAACUGUUGUGACAUUGUUGUAUUCAUGCAGAUGCUGGUGUUUUCGCCUGAUUUGGUCGCGUCUAAUGCUGUGAUGAACGGCCUCCUCUGCGAAUUCUGAGACGCGGAUGGGGCUUUCGGGUUGUUCUAUGAUAUGCAAAUUGAAGGGAUAUUGCCAGAAACCUCACCUAUAAUGAUGAAUGAGGGUGUAAUCUUUGGUGUUUGGGAGGUUUUAUUUUAGUUGUGCAGAAAAAGAAGUGCUAAUCUUACUGAAGCAUUUGAGAUGCAAGAAGUUGAAUGUAUAAAUUGAAAUGAUAUUCCUCUUGAAUUAUGAUAAAACCAUUUUUGUUUGAUUUCUCCA